AUGGAAACCAUAAAGGCAACUAACAACUAUAAUCACAAGAAGUACGAGAUUGCCAAGGCUGGCAGGAAGUAUAUCGCGAUGAAGAAGAAUCAGCAGCUCAUAGAAAUGCAAUAUAGUCGAGCAGCAACGAGAAUAAGUAGCGUCGAAAAAAAAAUUAAGUAUGAUGACGAUAGUCGAGUAGCUCUUAACGUGGCGCGCAGGGACGAUCUUUUGUCGUUGAAUACCAAACUUCCUAAAAAUAUUCGUGACUUUGAAGAACGUUUGCCUCGAGCAAUUCAAACUCAGGUCGAAGAAGAGCUUCUACCGCAGCUACUAGUGAAACAGGUAUUCACGAUGGCUGUCACACAAGCUAAUCAAGGGGGCAUUCUGAUAGCAACGGAAGCAAUGCGCAUCCAUACGCCGGAGCUACGCAAAACUCAGUCCAGUCAGAAAAAUCAGAUACAAUCAUGUUCAACGAGGUGGUAA